AUAAGCGAAGAUGAUCCAAUAUUUAUCAUACAUUAAUUUUGAUUGAUAAAUCACUCUAACGUCCUUCUCGUAUUUGAGAAUUCAAUGGCGAGCCGCAAGAGAUUUGGAAUUCCUUGGCCUGAUUGCAACGACGGUCUCUCCUACGACGACGUCGUUUCACCCUCUGAUGCUGGGUUGACGCUCUUACAGUUUUACUCCACCAACUACAAGAGUUCUGCUCCCUUGCAAGGUUGGUUGCAGCGUAUAAAAAGUGGGCAGAUAACAGUUGAUGGAAGUGUUGUUACUGAUUCCGACACAGUCCUCAGAGUUGCCUCAAAGCUAGUCUAUCAUAGACUCCCCUGGAAGGAACCGGAAGCACCACACAUGAUUGAAGUCUUGUAUGAAGAUGAUGACAUGAUUGCUUUAAAUAAACCUUCUGGCCUGCAAGUUCUGCCUGGAGGUCUCUUCCAGCAAAGGACAGUUUUAACACAGCUUCAAUGGGAAUGCAACAAUCAGGGUUCAUGUGAAAUGCACAAAAGGCCUCAUCCUGUUCCAGUACAUCGCUUAGGGAGGGGAACUUCAGGCAUUUUAUUAUGUGCAAAGACAAAAGUAGCUAGAGCUCGUCUUGCAUCUUAUUUUGCUGAUGGAACUUCUCACAUUGGAGUAAAAAGAGAUACAAACCAGAAAAUUGGGAAGAUUGCAAAGAUAUACCGAGCACUUGUGAGUGGGAUUGUGGAAAAUGAUAAGAUGACUAUUAAUCAACCAAUUGGAAUAGUAAAAUAUCCUGGUGUUGCUAAAGGGUUAUACGUUGCUUCUCAAUCAGGAAAACCAGCACUCAGUGCAGUGGAAAUUCUAGAGAGAAACAUCCAAGAAAACAGCACAUUGGUCCAGGUUAAGAUUCAGUCUGGACGGCCACAUCAAAUCCGGAUUCAUCUUUCUUUCAUUGGGCAUCCUUUGUUAGGAGAUCCUCUUUAUGGUGUUGAUGGGCAACCUAAAUGCUUAGAUUGUGACUUUAUAGAUGAGAGUUUUGCUGAAGAUGGUGGUUACCAGAGGCCUACCAAACCAGUUCCUGGAGAUUGUGGAUAUCACUUGCAUGCACAUAAGUUAUUUCUUUCUCAUCCAAUAACUAACGAGUUGGUUGAAAUCAUUGCACCCCUACCCACGGUCCUACAGACACCAGAUGAGGUCAAGGAAAGUGCCAGUAUGCAGCAGACAGCUUAAGCUGUUAAAGUUGGUUGACCGUUAAAUGCUGUAGCGAUUUGCAGAAGAUGGAUUCAAGAAGAUGCUCUACAGAUUGAAGACAAACUGCCCUCCCUGUAUCCAUCCGAGAAAAUUUGGAAACCUUCGUGCAAUGUAACUAAGAAUGUCUACAAUGAUAACAAACCAAGAGACGACGUUGCUGUUCAAUUUUGCUUGGUAACAUUUAUUCCCACACUACUUAAAACGCCUAUGAUUGAAGACGUUAUUUGUAUUAAACUCAUUUGCUAGAAUGCAGUAUUCAUUAUCAUAUCAAAGACUUA